GUAGCACGCACGUACGUGUAGCUUGAGCACAUACUAACUACCUAACACAAUGCUAUGUCAAAUGGAACCUACCUCUAUAUCAGAGGUGUGCGUGAGCUCAGAGGAGACCACGUCACAGACCAUCACCCCUACACACUAUGAGUCCAACAACACCGCACGUAAUGUCGUAGGGGUUCGCGGCCGAAAGAAGCUGAGCGCACAGCUGACGAGUACAUCUACGGAUGACGAGAUGGAGAUGGAGAUGGAGGUAGAGGUGGAGCCAGACACGCGCAAAUUCACCAAUGGACAGGUAACACCAUAUGCAAUGGAGGAUACUUACGUGGACUCGGAUAUACACUCCCCAUAUGCACCUACAGGGUCACACGAGCGUACACACACGCCUAACCUCUCACACGAAAGUACACCGGAAAGUACACCUGAAGGUGCAAGCUUUGCACACAAUGACGUGAAGCCUGAGGCCCAACACGCACGAGAGAAGCUUGACUUGGGAUUUAUGUGGGCACAGGACAGAGACCGCUUCCUCGCCGAUCGGGCCCGACAACAGAGGGAUAUGUAUAUGUGCCACACACGAGAGAUGCACGACUUACAGAUACGCCAACAUGCUGAGGUGGCACACUGGACUGACUACUUCGCGUACACUAAACGUACUCAGUGGCAUAUGAGCGGACAUGAGAGAGAUGAUACGGAGACUAACGUCACCAACGAGGGACACGAACAAGGUGGAAAUGAAGCUGACGUGACGGAUAUCGUGCAAGCACAGUACAUGCGCGACAUGCGUAUGCGACACGAAAGUGAGAUGCAUCGUGUGGUUGCGCACCACACGAGAGAGGUUCAGCAGUGGCGCGCAUACUUUGACGGCGUUCUGUGCACUAUGGAGGACGACACUGAAGUCGCUUGUGAACGGAUCGUCCAGGCUACAGCGUCAGGCACAAAUACGGGCGACUACAUCGUCAAGUGUGGGGACUGUCGAACCACACUCACACAAGACGACUACUUCUGGUGCCAGGGCUGUAAGAUGGCCACGUGUGCGUCGUGCAAGGGUGCGUCGUGUCAUGUGUGCGAAGAAGAACUGUGUGAUGGAUGCCUGGGCUCCUGGGAGCAGGGGUGUGGGUCGUGUGCUAUCAAUGAUGUUGUACGGUGUUGUGAGCUGAAGACUAUGUACUGUGGUCAGCAGGAGUGCACGGCACACGCCGCGCAGCACGCAGACCACUGCGACUGUGAAACAGCGGGGCAGGACCGCGAAAGGUACACGUCGUAAAUUCAAGACAAGUAAUUUACGACACGUGUCGGAAAGUCAGCGUGUACUUGCGUGUACUUGCGUGUACUGUACCCGUGCACUGGCCAGGGUGGUGGAUCUGUCGGCUAUCUCGCCGAUGACUGCCGGGGCUGUCAGACUGUCCUUGCCGUAUUUUCGGACCGGUCGUAUAAUGGACAAGUCCUAUAAGCUGGGAGUCAAAGAUAGCUCGCUUGAUAUUCAUCGAGUCGGUGUAGUAUACGCAUAGGAUCACGCGUGCAAGGUCCGCGCUUUAGAAACCGCUUGCAGUUUCGGGAAUGGACUUUAGACAGACUCCCAGCGAAGUGUGUCGCUUGAAUUUCAAGGGAUGUUCAACAUACACUUAUGCGUGGGCCAUUUGGAACUGAAACGAGCUAGGAUGUGGCAUCAAUGGCCGCAGGAUGCAGUCAGUAUACAAUACAUACAUGCACGCAUAACACCCGACUAUACUCGCCAAUCGAUGCCAUCCUUGAACCAUAUAUAACAAGAAUGUAGACUGGUAUGGCUGCGUACAGACUCGCGCGCUGCCAUGCGUCACAUAUAAGGACUUGCCAGAAUGCUGAACCACGCCGGGAUACUAGAAAAACAUGCCCGUUACAAGGGUACGUGUGGGAAAUCGCGACAAAUGAAAUCAGAAGGCGAUUUAAACAUAUACCGCCUUACUGGUAUAUUGAAGAAAAAAAUGUACAUGGACUGCUGUACAGUUGAUUGUAACUAGAUGAACCAAUGAUUGUAGAUAAUAUUAAAUGGCAAAUACCGAAGGG